UUGUGUUUUGUGUCCUGUCAUCUGUUGAUAUAUUUGCACGGAGUUACUGGUCAGUGUUUAUUUAAUUUACCUGCGAUUCAGCGUACAAAGAACAGGGAAAAAACCAGAAUGGUUACCAAAGAAUACAAAAUUAGAGAGCCGGAUAAUCUUAAGAUGCAGGCAUUCUACAGACUAACAAAUCCAGAUGGUCCUGACGGGCUAAGUGUAAUACAAGCCUUAGUUAUGAAAGGUGAUUUGUCCACGACGGAAACGAUUCUGAGGUUUAGCCCGAGCAGCCUUGAUAUUUCCAUAGCACUUCUUACAGCAGGUACAGCGGACUUCCUCAUAUCUCGCAUGCUCGCAUACGUUAAUUUAUCCCCGGUGGCCUGUUCUCCUGACAAACUUCCUAUAGAGGAAAAUUCCAGUAGCGAAGCUGUAUUGCACAUUCUGAACAAAACCGUGAAAAAGUUCCAAAAUAUAUCUCUUUUACGCGAAGUUGUCAGCAAAGGAAGUCUGAGCCAGUUACAAAAAGUCCUUGCUGGAUGUAAAAAAUUCAAAGAGGACAGGAAAAGUUGUCUCGAGAAAACAGACCAGCGUGGCAGGACACUUCUUAUGUCGGCAUGUGCGUCUGGUAAGUCCGAGGUUGUGGAGUUUCUCCUUGCUAAUGGAGCAAGAGUGGACGCCAGAGACAACAAACAAAGGACAGCUCUGCACUUUUCGGUUGCUAACAACUCUCUUGAUGUGGUGAUGCUCCUGGUUCGAUCGGGUGCUCGGAUUUACGACGAAGACGACGGUGGACUUAUGUCACUUCAUUACGCUUCUCAAAAUGGCCGAAAUAAAAUCGUCUUUUUUCUCAUCGAACAUGGAUGCGAUGUGAAUCAUCCCACAGGUGACACCAAUGAAGAUACGGAAAGAAGCCUAACAGGCUCCACAGCCCUACAUUUCGCAGCGCAAAAUGGACACAACGAGACGAUACUUCUCCUACUAAGAAAGGGUGCUAAGGUUGAUAGCGUUAAUUUGAAUGGUCAAACCCCACUUAUGUUGGCAGCUAAACGCGGUCAUGUGACUACUGUGGAACUACUUCUGCAUAGAGGAGCUGAUAUUAAUGCCAGCGAUGUCUAUCAAAACACCGUCCUGGAAAUCGCAGUCCUAGCUAAGACAUUGUGUGUGGCUAAGCUGCUAAUUCAACGUGGAAUCAACACAGAUGGUUUUGUUCGAUCAAUGUCCUGCGAGCGCUUACUCACUGACGCGAUAAGUGGCGGAGACAGAGAUCUAUUACAAACUCUCAUAAACGUGCAAGAUUCAGUUAAGGAGAAACUUCAGGAGAUUCGUGUUAGUCCAUGGGACAAGACGUUGCUACAUGUAGCGGCGGAAACUAAGGGCAAUUUUCAAGUCAUUGAUCUGCUCACCGAGAUAUUUCCUGAAGUAAAUGUAAAGACUCCGCGGGGGAAGACGCCGUUGCAUUGCGCAGCGGAUGUGAACAUCGCCAGGAAACUUCUGGAGACUGGAGCCAAAGUUAACGAAACUGAUCAAUUUGGAGAGACACCCGCCAUGGCCGCCGCGAGGAACAAUCAUUGGGACGUAGUGGAAUUUCUCAUCAUAUACAACAGUUGCGUCACAAAUACAUCAAACAAGUUUGGUCAAACCUUGCAGAGUAUGGCCACGCUUUGGGAAGCUCCUUCUUCAGUGAAAAAACUUCUUCAAGCCCAGUUGUAGGUUAUCCGAUGUUGGAGAAGGUGAUUGAGUAUAGUUCUGCGGAGAGAACUCCGGCAUUACCCAAUAGAUGAAUACGACGAAAAUUAGGAUGAUACCUAUAUACCAAAACACACACCAUCCAAAUUCUCCGGCCAUACAAGAAAUACUGGCGAUGCGAGACUACCAAUUUCCCUAAAAAAAUAAUUCAUGAUGUUCAAGAUUA